UUUAAUUUUCCAAAUUAUUAUUUUGAUUCGGAAUAUUUGAUUUUUGAAACGGUUUUUCCACUAUUUACACAUGAUUCAGUUCUGGUGGAUUAAAAUAGAAAAGAGUGGAAUUUGCACAGCACACAUUGUUUCAUUGUUUUGUUUUUUUACUUUAGUUUUGGAUCGAUUUUUCAGAGAAUUUCUCUUUCAAAUCGUUUCCAUCGAUAUGUCAUCGAAUUCAACAACGUCACAUAAUUUAGUGAAUAUGGGAAAAAAUGAUAAAACAACAUCAUCAACACCAUCAGGAUCGAAUAACCUAAAAACAAUAAUAUCUGCUGCUAUAUUACAAAAUACAGUUCGAGAUUCAACAUUUGAUGACAAUUGUCCAAGACGACGAGCAUCAUCACGUUCAAUAAAACGGAAAAAAUUCGAUGAUGAACUUGUGGAUAGUGCUAGUACAUCAUAUCCAAGACAUCAGAAACCUGAGCGUAAAUUUGAUUUUGGUGGUGAAUAUUCGGAAAGUGGUGGUGGUGGUUAUAACGAAACAAUCAUUACAACGCAUCACAAUGAACCACCUACUCCGUUAACCCCAGCGGCCACCACAACUAUCAUCUCAUCGAAACGUCAAUCAUCAAAACCCUCAUCAUCAAUAUCAACACCAGCGUCGAUAGCAACUGUACCGGAAAAGAAGAAAAAGAAUAAAAAACGAACAAUCGUGACAAGUCAAUACGUUGAAGAGAAUAAUUUCUGGAAACCCACCGAUGAUCUUGCGUUGAUAAUCAAUGUUGAACAGACAAAUAAUCUACGAAAAGUAUAUAAUGGUGUAAAAUUUUCCAGUAAAUUUACCUUUUCAGAUGUUGAACAACGAUGGCGUUCCUUAUUAUAUGAUAAGAAUGUUAAAAAUCUAGCAUUGGCGGCCAUUCGACAACUUCAUUCGGAUAUUGUUCAAUUUAUUGAAUCACGUGCUUUAUUCAGUGAUGCAGAAGAAGAAUUAUUGAAAAAAUUGGAAUCGUGUAAAGAACCAGCAUUAGAAUCAUUACAGGAAUUGAUAGAUAUGAAUGCAGAAGUAUUCCUUCCUAGUCGUACACCGAAAACAUUGCUUAAACAUUGGCGAUUAUUACGACAUUAUAGCCUACUUGGUGACCAAUCAUUACAGCCGCAAGCACGUCAUGAAAGUGUUGUUAGUUUUUCCGAAAUAGAAAAUACGAUCAAAAAAGAGCUACAAGAAGAGCUGAAGAAUAAUGAACUGGCAACGAAUGCAGCAGCCGAAUCAAAUGAAUUGAUACGACAGGAAAUUUCACAUAGUGUACGUAAAAGUAUGCUUGAAAUACGAAUGUUGGAAAAUGAAUUACCAAAAUUUCAGAUACUAUUGGAUAGUAUUACCGGAGUGGCACCAUCCGAUUUUGAUAAUAAUACCUAUGCUGUUUUACGUGGUCGUCUAGUACGCUAUCUGAUGCGUUCAACCGAAAUCACAAUCGGUCGGAUAACAAAAGAUUUUGUCGUCGACGUGGAUCUUUCGCUUGAAGGACCAUCAACAAAAAUAUCACGUUUACAAGCGGUUAUUAAUUUUCAAUCAACCGGCGAAUUUAUCAUAUUCAAUACGGGAAAACGGCCAAUCUAUAUUGAUUCAAAACCAUUAAUAUCACAAUCAUCAUUACAGAUACAUCAUAAUUCAUUAAUUGAAUUUUCAUCAUUGAAAUUUUUAUUUCUAAUUAAUCAGGAUUUGAUAUUGAAAAUGCGUAAUGAAGUACUACAAUCAUGUAAAUAAAUAAAUAGUAAUCAAUCAAUAAAAUGAAAUUUUUAUCUAA